AUGAACGAACAUUUCGCAUCCCUAUUAAAGAAUCAUUACUUUGGAAUGCUUCAUAAGGCAAGAAAACGUUACAGAAGAGCUUAUGAAGUAUCAGGUCCUCCCCCCUUGGAAGAACAAGCUCUUGGUCAUGUGGGCGACCAGGCAGAUGGUCCACAUGAAUAUACCUUAGUAAAGGAACGAAAACAACCAAGAUCUGUUCCAACAGGAAGGAAGAAACAAGUUGGUAAACGUCCUGUUGGUCAACGUACCAUUAUUGAUAUCCAUUUAGAAGUCUUAGACGAAUGUCAAAAAGUGGAACUGCAUUCGACAAAGGAAGACUUUUUUGAAAUUUUGGUUCAAGAAUUUAUGGGAUCCGAAUUUAUAAAGGAGGAAAAUGUUCCAGAGGAACAAGUUCCAAUGGAAGGUGUUACUUAA